AGCAACAUAGCAGCGCUGUGGAAAAUUCUACCCCCCUCGCUCGCAAUUGCCUCGAACUGCUUGCCAGCCCGUGUACCCACUUUCUCCGCCGCCAAAAUGUCGUUCAUGCUGCAGCACUUAAACAGCGGCUGGGCCGUUGACCAGGCGAUAAUAAACGAGGAAGAAAGGCUCGUUUGCAUCCGCUUCGGCCAUGAUUACGAUCCCGACUGCAUGAAAAUGGAUGAAUUACUAUACAAAGUUGCUGAAGAUAUAAAAAAUUUCUGCGUAAUAUAUUUGGUAGAUAUAACUGAGGUACCCGAAUUUAACACCAUGUACGAGCUGUAUGACCCAGUUUCCGUCAUGUUCUUUUAUCGCAACAAACAUAUGAUGAUAGAUUUAGGCACAGGGAACAACAACAAAAUUAACUGGCCCAUGAAUAAUAAGCAGGAGUUUAUUGACAUCGUUGAAACCAUUUUUAGGGGUGCAAGAAAGGGAAGAGGGUUGGUUAUAUCGCCCAAGGAUUACUCGACCAAGUAUAAGUACUAAAUUGGGUGGAAAAAAAAAAAAAAAAAUAAUGCAUGUGUUUGUGGAAAAUGGGGAGGUAGGAAGAUCAGGCAAAGGAAUUCCCCCCCAAUUGCACUUCCUCUUUUUUUUUUUUUUUUUAAAGUAAAAUAUACACACUAUACCGCGUGCGGUGAGUGUGUUGCGUAGUUCUUUUCUCCAGCUUCCUAGGGCAUAAAAAGUCGAUGGUGACAUUAGUGCUCCUGUGAGUGCAGCCCAUUUUGUUAGGACUGAUACCUCCCCGCAUGUGUAGACUCACGUGUGCGUAUUUACUCAUUGCGCGCGCCAUUUAGC